GAGUUGAUAAAUGUACGAGGCUCCGCCCCCUCACCGUGAAGAACUGCAGCCUGCUGGAAACACACUGGUCCAUCCACAGAGACCUCAGCUCAGCCACCUCUGCAUCUCUGCACCGCAACCUCAGGAGUCUACGGCAACGUCAGAGCCAAGAUGGGGCGGAAAGAAAUCAUCUGCAGUUGGAAGAAAAGCACCAGUAACAUCAAGGAUGUCUUUGAAUUCAAGGGGAAAAUGGGAUCAGGGUCCUUCUCUGAGGUUUUUAUGGUGAGAGAAAAGAAAACUGGGAAACUGUAUGCCCUGAAAUGUCUGAAGAAAAAGCACCUCGCUCACAGCAACCUGGAAAAUGAAGUCAACGUACUGAGGAGGAUUAAACAUGAGAAUGUGGUGGGACUGGAGGAUUUCUAUGAGACUCGAACACACUAUUACCUGGUCAUGCAACUGGUGUCAGGUGGGGAGCUGUUUGAUCGCAUUUUGGACAAGGGGGUUUACACAGAGAAAGAUGCCAGCAUGGUGAUCAAACAGGUGCUGCAGGCUGUCAGCUACCUGCACGAAAACAGCAUUGUACACAGGGACCUCAAGCCUGAGAACCUGCUGUACUAUAACAGCGAUGAGAAUGCUAAGAUCAUGGUCAGUGAUUUUGGUCUCUCUAAGACGUUGGAGCAUGGUGUGAUGUCAACAGCCUGUGGCACACCAGGAUAUGUUGCCCCUGAGGUACUGGCUCAGAAACCCUACAGUAAAGCAGUGGACUGCUGGUCCAUUGGUGUCAUAACAUACAUCCUGCUCUGUGGCUACCCUCCGUUCUUUGAGGAUAAUGAAACUCGCCUCUUCUCAAAGAUUAUGAAUGCUGAAUACGCCUUUCAUUGUCCAUUCUGGGACGACAUCUCUGAGUCAGCGAAAGAUUUUAUCAGGAACAUGAUGGAGAAGAACCCCAGCAAACGCUUCACCACUGAACAGGCACUCAGACAUCCCUGGAUUGCAGCAAAAACGGCUAAAGACGUGGACAUUUAUCAGUCGGUCUGUGAACAGAUGGAGAGAAGUUUUGCCAAAUCCAAAUGGAAGCAAGCCUUCAAUGCAGCCUCAGUAAUCCAUCAUAUGAAGAAACUGCAGAUGUCGCACAGCGAGUCCCCCCAUUUAGCGCUCUCCAUGCCCAACAUCACUAUGCAGUCCUCCUCCCGGGAUGAUAUGAAGGUAUCGACACCCUGCCGAGAUGAGGCACCUGCUCUCGACCCCAACGGCAACCCUGUCCAUCCUGAACCAGGAAGAGGUCUGUGUCCACAGCUGAGAGCCAGUCACAGUGAGCCUCAUCGCACCCUCAUCGUCGAUGAGUCAAGAGCAGUCCACUUUCAUUCUGAGAGAGACACUCUUUUCAAGAGCAUGGACACAGUGGCUCAGAUGAAGGACCAGCCGCUCCAGUCCGGAGUCUGUUCUGUCAUGUGAUGGGCAGCCGGACACAGAGUUGGAAACAGAUACUGUAUGGACUGCUGUCUACACUCCCACAUGGAAUGACUGUGUGAACUGUCUGUAAUGCAGUGAAUAACACCCUAAAACAGACAUGAGCAGGAAUUCAUCAUUUAGACGUCAUACAAACUCCUGUAUGGCUGAUGACAUUUAUUCUCUUUAGUAUACAAUAGUAUUGUAUACGAUUUUAAACAUUUUUUUUUUUGCUUUGAAUAGCUAUAGGUGGGCACGUGUCACCGUUUAGCAAAAAACUUUGUUGCAACUUUGAUGAUAUAAGCAGUGACAUUAUCUAAAGGUUAUCUCGGUUCAAAAUAAAACAUGGUUUCUAUGGUCAGAGCAAGUGUAGUUUAAAGUUUACAAACUGUCGAGCAUAACUUUUAAAUAUAAACAAAUGUCUGUUAUAUCCAAACCAUUGUCCGCGCUGCACACAGGAAGUGAUUUGUUUAAUGUCAGACAGACAGUGGCAAUAGCAACAUUGCGGUAGUAAAGUGGGACAUCUGCAAACAGGUUGGAGUAUGACUGAAAACACAAAGAUGGAAGCCCUUGAAGAGUUUCAUUAGAUAAAUCUUCGGCUCAGAAAACUGCAGUAUGAAAGGAUAAAUUCUUCUUGUCCCCGUCCACCCCUGUGCUGCUGCUGUAUACACACAAACACUCCCUUAGGCCAGUCUGAUAGUAUUGGUCGACAGAGACUGUUUUCAGAUGUUGGACGCACAUUACAAAUAAUCUGAAUCUUUUCUGUUCAUAAAGUCUUCCUACCCUUCCAAAAAAUCCCCUAAAGUUACACACUGCAGCUUUAAAUAAAAUAAAAGGAGGAAUCUGUUUGUCAAUGUUCUCAACAUCUCCUCAUCUUAAAAAAACUUCAAAGUGGAAACUGCAAUUGAACUCAAUCAGUGGUUGUUGAGAAAAUUCACAAUUCAGAGAAGUAGUCAGCAAUUUCGACACAGUUGUUAGUAUAAAGCUGCUGAGCAUUGCUUUUUUUCUUUAAGUUAAACACUACCUGAAAGUGCCAACAGUGUUUUUUUUUAUUGUGGUUGUUAGGCCUGGCACCCAUUUGUGGCAGAGCUGAGCAUGGCCAUUUUUUUGUUUAAAUCCAUAUCCAAAUGCAGAUUCCUUCAUUUAUUGUCAGAAUGCACUGAAGGAUUAUAAAUCCAAUUCCAUUUCAACACAAACAUGAUGCAGGGGAACUAUAUUUUUAGAUUCACCUUUAUUUCAAGGCAGAGACAUUGACACAGUAACCACAUGCUCCCCAUUGCUUCUUUGAAAUGUAUACUGUGUAUUUAAGUUUCUCUUGGAAAAAAAGCAGAACAUACUUUAUCAAGUGCCACAAACUGUAGUAAACACUAGUGAUGUCAUGGAAACGUCUGGAUUCACAUGUCCUAAUGUGUACCUGUCUCUUUUUAUUAUUAUUUUCCCAAUAAAUAUGUAGUAAACUA